AAAGGCUCAAAGCCAAACCUUUGUUAAUGGAGUUUUAUUAUGUAGUAAAAUUCUCAAACACAAACACUGACUAAAUGACCAUAUCUAAUGCUAUUGUGCCGGCAUUUUUCUUUUUGGUGCGAAACACUUUCGUAAGAUUCAUCAGUUUUUAUUAACUCUCUCUGUCAUCCUCUUGAAGAGAGACUAAUGAAGAUGUCGAAUUUGAAGACCCUUUUGCUGAUUCUGAGUCUGCUGCUAGUUCCUGUCGUUUUUUCAGAACCAGAAGCAGUUCAGCAUUUGCUUCGUCGUUUGGACUCCAAUAGAGCUCCUGCUUCACUCCAAGAAGCCGCUGCUCAAGCUCUUCUCAGCAGAUUGCUUCCCACCCAUGUUUCCAGUUUUGUCUUCAAGAUUGUCCCCAUGGAUGUUUGUCAUGGGCAUAGUUGCUUUAUUUUAGCCAAUUACAACCUAUCAAGCAAGCAUGGGCCUGAAAUAAUGAUUAAAGGCACAACAGGAGUUGAACUUGCAUCUGGCCUCCAUUGGUAUUUGAAGUAUUGGUGUGGUGCUCAUAUUUCUUGGGACAAGACUGGUGGUGCCCAGAUAGCUUCGAUUCCCAAUCCAGGCUCCCUCCCACCUGUAAAAGAUGAGGGAGUCAUGAUUCAGCGACCGGUUCCGUGGAACUAUUACCAAAAUGUUGUUACAUCUAGUUAUUCCUUUGUUUGGUGGGAUUGGGAAAGAUGGGAGAAAGAGACAGACUGGAUGGCUCUUCAAGGGAUUAACCUGCCUUUAGCAUUUACCGGGCAAGAAGCCAUUUGGCAGAAAGUUUUCAUGGAUUUUAAUAUCAGUAAGAAAGAUCUAAACGACUUCUUCGGUGGACCUGCUUUCCUUGCAUGGGCUCGCAUGGGAAAUUUACAUGCGUGGGGCGGGCCAUUAUCACAAAAUUGGUUGGAUCAACAAUUGCGUUUGCAGAAACAAAUAUUAUCCCGGAUGCUAGAGCUAGGCAUGACUCCAGUGCUGCCAUCAUUCUCUGGAAACGUCCCGGCAAGUUUGAAGAAGAUACGUCCUUCAGCUAACAUUACUAAACUUGGGGAUUGGAAUACUGUUAACGGUGAUCCUCGCUGGUGUUGUACAUACCUUCUUGAUCCUUCGGAUCCUUUAUUUGUUGAGCUUGGGGCGGCAUUUAUUAAACAACAAAUUAAAGAAUAUGGAGAUGUCACAGACAUUUACAACUGUGAUACAUUUAAUGAAAAUUCUCCACCUACAACUGACCCUGCUUAUAUCUCAUCACUUGGAGCUGCUGUGUAUAAAGCAAUGUCGGAAGGCGAUAAAGAUGCUGUUUGGUUAAUGCAAGGUUGGCUCUUCUAUUCGGACUCUGCCUUUUGGAAGCCACCUCAAAUGAAAGCCCUUCUACAUUCUGUUCCAUUUGGGAAAAUGAUAGUUCUUGAUUUAUUUGCUGACUCAAAACCAAUUUGGAAAACGUCCUCUCAAUUUUAUGGCACUCCUUAUGUAUGGUGCCUAUUGCAUAAUUUUGGUGGAAACAUUGAAAUGUAUGGCAUAUUGGAUGCGGUCUCUUCUGGUCCAGUUGACGCUCGUAUCAGCAACAAUUCUACCAUGGUUGGUGUUGGCAUGUGCAUGGAAGGAAUAGAGCACAAUCCGGUUGUUUAUGAAUUGAUGUCCGAAAUGGCAUUUCGCAGCCAAAAAGUUAAAGUUCAGGAAUGGCUCAAGCUUUAUUCCCAUAGACGCUAUGGUAAAGCAGUUCAUGAAGUUGAGGCAGCUUGGGAAAUUCUUCAUCAGACAAUCUAUAAUUGUACUGACGGGAUCGCUGACCAUAACACAGAUUUUAUAGUAAAAUUUCCAGACUGGGAUCCAGAACCAAAUCAUAAAUCCAACACUCCGAAACGGAACCGGAUGCAAAUGAUUUUGGAUCUAGAUGUGAAAAGAAGAUUCCUACUCCAAGAUAGUAGCUCUGAGUUGCCCCAAGCUCAUUUAUGGUAUUCUACUCCGGAAGUGAUCAAUGCUUUAAAAUUAUUCAUUGAUGCCGGUACUAAUUUUUCUGGAAGCCUUACAUUUAGAUAUGACUUGGUUGACUUGACACGCCAAGCGCUGUCAAAGCUCGCAAACCAAGUGUAUACCAAUGCAGUGAUUGCUUUCCGAGAGAAGGAUGUGGAUGCUUGUAGAUACCAUGGUCAGAAAUUUGUUCAACUCAUAAAGGAUAUCGAUAUGCUUCUUGCAUCUGACGAUAAUUUCUUGCUUGGAACCUGGCUUGAAAGUGCAAAGAAGCUGGCUGUUGAUCCUCAUGAAAGGCGACAAUACGAGUGGAAUGCGAGAACACAGGUGACAAUGUGGUAUGAUAACACAAAAACUAAUCAAAGCAAGCUUCAUGACUAUGCAAAUAAGUUCUGGAGCGGGCUGCUCGAAAGCUACUAUCUACCGCGAGCUUCGUCCUAUUUCAAUUACCUGUUGAAAAGCUUGACAGAAAAUAAGAAGUUCAAAUUAGAGGAUUGGAGAAGAGAGUGGAUAUUAUUUUCAAAUAAUUGGCAAGAAGGUACAGGGAUUUAUCCAGUGAAGGCCAAAGGAGAUGCGCUUGCCAUCUCUGAAUUGUUGUAUCAAAAAUAUUUCAGUUGAAAAGUUGGUUUCUUUAGCUUCUCAUACUGCUACUUUUGAACCCUUCAAACUUUUGGGGUGUUUAUAUCCAAUUAAAUAAAUUUGUCUUUUCACAUAAA